UUACGUAAUGCUGUGCGACUUAGAAUUAGGCCAAUGAAAGAUUGCGGCGGUGUGUACUGCGUAUGCAUAUCACUGGUGAUCUGGGAUCAGGUCGUGCCACUGUUUUUGUUAUACGGGAUAUUGGCUUGCCAGUGCUUUCAUGUUAAUUGGAUCUGUCAGAGCUACCCCGUGUGGAUUAAAAGAAGACAGCCUAUACAUUGCAGCAUCACUUUUGGGAAAGGUUGUUUCCAGAAGAAUGGUGUCGUGAUGUUCCCGGAACUACAUCCCGAUCGUAGCAACAGUUCUGAGGAUAUUGAACUGCUGACGAGUUCACUGCCACCGGCGGGUGAGAGUGCCCCGCUGCAAGAUGCUACUUCUCUGGUUGGACCGGUGAUGGAUACUGAGUCACAGCAGCACGGUCAUGGAGUGGUUGUAGCCAGCGAAGAAGUAAUAGGAGAAUUUCCAGCAUCUAGUGAUGGAAGGGAUGAAACCAGUGCCCUGCCGAAUAACUCAUCCUUUAGCUCAGGGACCCUUGCACAGUCGGCCUUGUUAUCUCCGAGUAGCUCGGAUGGCAGCGGGAAAAGUAAAACUCCAGCGAAACAUGUUACGUUUCCCUCUGAUGAGGAUAUCGUAUCCGGGUCCGUAGAGCCCAAGAACCCUUGGAGGCAUGCUCAGAAUGCAACUGUGGCGGAAAUAACCGAGGCUUACAAGCAGGCCUGCCAGAAAUUGAAUUGUAAGCCUAUAGCAAAAUUGCUGAAGCAGAUACAAGAUUUUAAAGACCUGGCUCAGAGAAUUGAAUGCAUGGAUCUUAAAGGUGAAAAGUUGGAUUAUAAAGCCUGUGAAUCUCUAGAAGAAAUUUUCAAACGGGUCCAGUUUAAACUUGUUGACUUGGAGCAGACCAGUUUAGAUGAAGAUGGUGCUUCUGCAUUGUUUGAUAUGAUUGAAUAUUAUGAAUCAGCAACCCAUCUCAAUAUUUCAUUUAAUAAGCAUAUUGGUACCCGAGGCUGGCAGGCAGCUGCCCACAUGAUGAGGAAGAGCAGCUGUCUUGAGUUCCUGGAUGCCCGGAAUACACCUUUGUUGGAUCAGUCUGCUCCUUUUGUUGCCCGUGCUCUUCGCAUCAGCAGUAGCCUGUCUGUGCUUCAUCUAGAGAAUACCAGUCUUUCUGGACGUCCACUUAUGCUGCUAGCUACUGCACUAAAGCUGAACAUGAACCUGCGAGAGCUGUAUUUAGCUGAUAACAAAUUGAAUGGACUUCAGGAUUCUGCACAGCUGGGGAACUUGCUGAAAUUUAACUGUUACAUUCAGAUAUUGGAUCUGAGAAAUAACCAUAUUCUGGACUCUGGCUUAGCAUACAUUUGUGAAGGUUUAAAGGAACAGAGGAAAGGAUUGGUUACAUUGGUCUUAUGGAAUAAUCAGUUAACUCAUUCUGGCAUGGCAUACUUGGGCAUGACACUACCACACACGCAAAGUUUGGAGACUCUGAACCUUGGGCACAAUCCUAUUGGAAAUGAAGGUGUACGUAACCUGAAAAGUGGACUAAUCGCAAACCGCUCAGUUCUGCGUUUGGGGCUAGCCUCUACCAAAAUCAACUGUGAAGGUGCUGUAGCAGUUGCAGAAUUCAUUGCUGAAAGUCCACGACUCCUUCGGUUGGAUCUGCGAGAGAAUGACAUUAAGACAGGUGGUUUGAUGGCCCUGUCAUUAGCACUGAAAGUGAAUCAGUCACUGCUAAGGCUAGAUUUGGACCGAGAACCUAAAAAAGAAACUGUGAAAAGUUUUAUUGAAACUCAGAAGGCUCUUCUGACUGAAAUUCAGAAUGGCUGCAAACGAAACUUUAUUCAGGCUAAGGAGAAAGAGGAACAGGAACAACAAAUGCAGCAUUCAGCUUCCAUGCCUGAAAUCACAGUUGAAAAGGCAGAGGAGGUCAGGGAACUGGAAAAGCUACAGAAUCCUGAUGAAGCUGAGGUGGCACUUGAAGAAGGAGAAUCCAUUCAGGUGUCUGCGGUAGUAUGUGAUGGAACUGUGAAGGAGGGAAAUGUGACUGCUGUGGACUCUGACACAGAUGACGAAGAUGAGGAACAUUCAGAGACUGUAAAUUCAUGUGAAUUGGCACACAAAGAUGCAAAUGAUUCCAGGGAAAAUGAUAAGCAUUUACCAGUACCUCAAGAAUGCACACAGGACAGUCCUGAGGUAUCCUGUGUGUCAUGUAACUUAAACUCACAGACUGAAAAAAUGGGGAAUGAAAAAUGUGAAACUGAAACAAGCAGGACAGCUUCAGCACAGCAGUCUGCUUCCUCACCAAAAAAUGAGCAAAAAUUAUCUAUUUCUAGUCCUGGGAGAGGGAGCAAAAUUUUUGUAGUAACUCGAGUUGAGAGUCCACCACAACAGAUUGUGGGUGUAAAUCAUGGGCAGCAGGUGAGUAUGCCACAUUCAGUUCAGUCGCAGGACCUUGCUAGCAACCGUCCAGUAUCAACAGCACCAUUUCCGAGUUUGGAGUCACAGACUAAAACUACUGUUUCAGCACCAGUGCUGGACAGUUAUAAUGGAGUUCCAUUAGACAGCACUGACACUCUUUCUGAGAGGAAAGCGUCUGAUGACUGUGACUAUAUUGUGGAAAUGAACUUGCCAAAUGGACUAAAACCAGAGUUGGUGUAUUCACUGCCUGGCACAGCUGGAAGCUAUGUGGAGAAAGCCGCAACUUGUGCUGUAGAGCAUGAGGUAAUUUUCUGCAAGGAAGAUGAGGAAGUAGAACAGCUACUGCGAGAGGCAAGUCAGGAAGUAAUGCAAGAAGUUCAAUAGUGAUACCUUGCAUACUUGGACCCUGCUUUUUGACCAAGACUGUCGUUGAAAUGUGCCUACCUGGUUGUCUCAUUUUUUUUUUUUUUUAACUUCAGAACCGGUCUGCUUAUUGCUGUUCUUUUACCCUGUUGAAGAACAGACUUGGUUUUACCUGUCUUUGGUGUUUUAAGAUACUUUCCAAAUCCAACACUCCACUGUUGAACUAUUUUUGGAGUAGUUGCUGUGAUACUUCAGAUAAUUAGGAGGACUCUAGAUUAUGAACCAAAGAAAGUCAGAGUGAAUGGAACAACUUAUCUGUAUAUACAGUAUAAAUGUAUGUCUGUUUUUCUCUUUGGGCUUAAAUUAUUGGAUGCAUUUUGAAGCAACUUGUUGUCCUCAUAGAGUUUCUUUUUGACAAGUUUUCUUCUGCAUAAGUAAUGCCAAGGAAUGAAAGUGGUGUGAAACAUGAAAGUGACUGCCUCCGCCAAGACCAAAAGGUUCAGUGAGAAUUUCCAGUGAAAGAUUUCUGAUUAUGUUGCAGAAGAGGCCCAUAACACUAACUUAUCCUUCACUGGUCGAAUUGGUCAGCCAUUGUAUCAUUUGUAAAAAUCCCUUGGCCUGCGGUUGUAUCCUUUUGGAGUGGUACUUGAGAACUGAAACUAGGGGCAAGAGCCUAGGUCCUUUGGAGUGGUACUUGAGAACUGAAACUAGGGGCAAGAGCCUAGGUCAGAUUUCAUGGACUGCAGUCUUCCAUCUAACGUGCAGUGUUGUGCUCAGUCUCCAAGGAAUGCCGCUAAUCAUGCCAAAAUGUUUGUUUCCUGUCCUGAAUCUAAUUGUCAUCGUAUGUCUGCCCUGUGGAGUGUAUUUACUGUUAAGUGCAGAGUAUGUUUGGACUGGUGGGCAUUAGAUAUGUAAAAAUAUGUAGAAAUAUUCAAGUGACCCAGUGCACUUUCAAGCAGCAGGAUUUUAUGAAAGGUGUUUUCAGAGAAGUGCAAUUUGUCCUGUAGAAAGGUAUAUUACAGUUGCACCAAUGUUUCAGGGACUUCCUGCUGGUUUUUCUGAAUUUUGCUUCAACCAUACUACGGCAUGUUGAUGUCAUCCUUACUUUGUAUAAAAAUAAUUAACCUGAAAAAAGCCAUUCCCCAUAGCCUUUAAAUGUUUCCUUUGUGGUUCAUUUUAAAUAAUUUGUGUUAGGUGAGAAAGACUGGUUUGCUCUAAGCAAUUUGUCUAUGCACGCGGUAUAACUUAAUAAUGCAUAUACAUAUACACACACACGCGCACACAUUUGAAGUGCACAGUAGUUAUCCCUGGCUGCAGGAGUGAAACAUUUCCAGUGCAGUUGUAGCCUAGAGGUACUUGUGUUAAAAAUGUGGUAGUGUGUACACAACUUUAUUUGAAAUAUGCUUUUCUUGAAUUUUAUAGCAGUCUUAUGUGGUCUUCAACUGAAUAUAAUUGUUUAUUUCUUUAUAGUCUUCAUCCUUGGCUUCAGCUCCCCAAAGUUGAAUUUGUUCACCACAAUAAUUAGGUUCUUCUGGUUUGGAAGGAACUGAUCUCUUUUUCACAGCUUUUGAUUAGUUAAGAUUUAUUUUCUAUGGUAAAUUUUCAGUUUUUUUUUUUUUAAUUUGUUUUUAUUAUUUUGUGUUCUGCUGUUACUGUCUUGUAGUUUGUAAUGGCAUAAACAGAUGGCUGUAGGUUCAAGUCAUGUAUUUUGCUGUUCUGUAUUAGGAGUGUGAUUUGCAAUGGGGUAAUAUUAACUUAUUCAUUUAAGCCACAAACGUCUUCAUUUCCAAAAAAGUUCCAUGUUGUAACAAUAUUGUCAGCAAGCCUAGCUCAACUGUGAACAGGGUUGGUCAGGGGCAUAGCUGCAGGACAGGAAAUAGUCUUUUAGAGUAGAAAUGUUGUUACCACCUUGUGUGUAUGUAAUGGGAAGACAAUUAAGUGGACACUGCUGUUCUUUUUUUCUGCUGUUUGAUUGACCAUGUCUCAUUAGUUUAGAAUUAGAGAUACACAAAAGUAGUCUGCACAGGUUGUGGGGUUUUUAUUCAACAAGGCAACCUCGUUCAGUUUUCUGUUUAAUUGAUGACAUAGUUAGUCCCACCUGUAUUCUGAUGUUUCCCAUAUAUUUUGCAUAGUAGACAAUUGUCCUUUCACCUCAUCAGAUUCUGCUGAUUUCCAUUGCUGUGUCUAGUCUAUCUGUGCUCAGGGAUUUGCUGCAAAGGCAUUCAAGCCAAUAUGCUAAUUUGUCUCUUGACAUUUUGUUAUUGUUUCAGACCUUCACUAUUUACUUGUGACCCACAACUGAGCGUGUUUGUUUUGGCCUUUGUGUGAAUCAGGAUGAUAUGGCAGCAUUGUUAGUUCCAGCAAACAUACUGAUGGUCAUACAAUCAACUUUGCCUCUAUGCUACAGCAGUCUUGCUCACUCUUUACAAUUGUUCAUGGGAUUAUAGGAGGUUACUAGGCUAAUGGCCCCAGGGCCCUUACAAGCCUAGCCAAGUUCAGCCCGUCUUCCCAAGGGUGGGAAAAUCCGGCUAAGAUGUGCUACGUUCACUGAUGUUCAGGUGAUUAUAGUCAUGCUUCUUACUGUGUUACGGUCACUGGUUAAUUUUAAUAGAGAGAAAUCAUCCCUGCGGUAUUGGUUCAAUUGGCCAUGAAGUCACCUUGCCAAGCUGAGCACAGAAAUCUUAGGAAAACAUAUUACAUAUGACUUGCUCCAGGGUAUUGGCACUUAGCUUAUUCAAUAAAAGGUAGAUUGGUGCAGGAAGCACAACAGCCCCCCCCCCCCCACCACCACCACAUUAUCACCAGUUAAGGGAACUCAUUCUGCAGCCAAGUAGUCUUUACGUAAGUGAAACAUCCCCUGUGCUACUUGCCUUUCACAGACAGUACUGUUUUCUGAUCUGAAUGCAUUAUCUUCAUCUAUUGAAAUGGGUGUUAACAGAGCUGUUAUCAGACAAAUUAUUUUAUGACUGGUCCUUGCUUUGCAUCAUUAAUGGAUAAAAUGCACAUGUUAACAGGCUUUCAGGUGGAAAAAGUCAGGAUAAGAUGUGUCAAGUCUUAAAACAUCAAUUCUUCCCAGAGGUUGGCUUUCCCAUAUAAUCUUCACACUAGUGAGAUCCCUUCUGUCUUUUCUGGUGGAAGUUGGUCUCAUUUAUGAGCGUCUCCUUUGUCUUACGAAAGUGAUUUUUCUAUAUUUGUUAAGCUGUUUUGGUAAUGAAAAGCUCAGUGAAAGAAAACAUAAGAGGUUGCUUCUGCAUAUAAAUUUAUAUGUUCAACCGUAGAUUUCAUUAUAGCUGCAUUAAUUUUAUUUUGCUCUUAGGAUUAUUGGUAGCUACCGUGUAAGUAGUGUCCUAGAAGAAUGAAGAUGAUUUUUGUUUUUUUGUUUGAGUAAGCAGGUGUGCUUGUUAGUCACACAUUUUGAUUGGUUCUUAGAGCUGUUAAAACUUCUGCCUGCUGAAAGUAAGCAUGGUCCUUUGAGGUGUUGUGUUGAUACGUGUCCCAUCUGCAGACUGCUUCAGUUUCAUUUAAACUUUCUCAUGUUAUGUUUAAGCAUUCAGUAAGUUCAGGAAAGUGCAAUAAUCUCCUGUUUUUGAGUGUUAGCUCAUCAUGAUGUACAUCUAGGUGUCACCCUGCCCUGAAUUCCAUAACUGUGAUCUCCAUGCUUCUCAACCUCCAAAUGGUAGAAUCACGAACAACAGGACCUUCAAAUCAGGGACAAUCACGGGUACCUAAUUAAAUAAAAUUUACAUAUUUAAACACAUUAAUGGAAAUGCCCACACACGUUCAGGUACUUCGACCCUCAUUCAUUUGCAGAAUACCAAAACUUUUAUGAGGAACAGACCAAAACUAUGAGGCAUAAAUUAAUUUGGCCCCGGACUUAGUAAACAAGUUUUCAUUUUUUUUUAACUACAGUCUUCUGCUACUGUAUGCAUCAUCAUUGCUUGCAGGGGUGUACAUGCACCACGUAACAACCAAGUAAGAAGUAACUGAUUAGGUCACUCACUUGUGUCUGCAGGAAGAGAAGGAAAUUACAUAAAAUCCAGUUCAUGUUGCACAAUAAACAUCGGACUCCCUGAGAAAAAUUAUGAAUUCCUUUUCUCCACUCUGCACAUUUCCUUGAGAAAUCCUUAAUGCACUCCAACACACUGUGGAAUAGUUUUCCGGUUUUCUUCUUUACUCGAGACGAAUUUUUCAGCAAAAGCAACAAAUUCAUUCUUCAAGCCAGGCACGAAAAUUUCCUUGUGUUAGUGUUGUCCUCUUCCGAUCCUGUUUAAAACAACAAACAUAACCACAAUGGAUGAACUCCUGAAACAGCUUUAUUAAGUAAAAGAUGAGUGCUUUCAUCUUAGAAAUUUUCAAUAGAUAAUUACAACUAUUUUCUAUGAUGUUUAAAUAAGAAAUUACACUGAUCAUAUGACCAUUCCAUUCUCAAUUUAAAGAUGGUGUUCAUUGUAAGUUACAAUGUUAAAAACAUUAAUCAAAAAACGAACACGUACCAAGGAACUCAUUCUAUAAGGAAAAUAACUCUAUACUUAAAAAACAUGCUUAUAGUUAUAUGC